AUGUCUACGGAAGUCAAGACUGAUGAUGCCCCCAAUAUCACCCACGAUGAAGUGGCUCACGACCGUGAAGUACAAGGCUGGGUGGGUCUAGCCGAAGAUGCUCGGAAUGCGACGAUCGACGAGCACAAUUUGACCUUUGUUCAAGCCGUCAAGUUGUAUCCGAAAGCAUGUAUGUGGACCAUGGUCGUUUCGCUUGUGGUGAUUCUGGAUGGAUACGAUACCGCCCUUAUUGGCUCUCUGUUUGGUUUCCCGGCCUUUCAAAAGCAAUUCGGCCAUGAGACAAAAACCCCGGGCGCCUAUCAACUAGAGCCCAAAUGGCAAACUGCCCUCGGUCUCGCCAGCCCAUUGGGAAACAUCGUCGGAAUUUAUAUCAACGCGUUCCUCACUGAACGAUGGGGUCACAAGAAGACCUGUCUCGGCACGUUGGGCUUCUUGGUUGCCGUCCUAUUCAUGCCCUUCUUCUCGAAACGUGUUGAAGUCCUCUUUGUUGGAGAGCUUCUUUGCGGUCUGGCAUGGGGUGUUUUCACCACCCUGGCCCCUGCUUAUGCCUCCGAGGUCGCACCCGUUGUGCUUCGCUCUUACCUCGAAACCUACGUCGUUCUCUGUUGGGGUAUUGGUCAAUUCGUCGCCACCGGUAUCUUGGACAGCUUGGAUAAACACACUGGAAUGUGGGCCUGGCGGAUCCCGCUUGCUGUGCAGUGGGUUUGGCCAGUGCUGAUUGUUCCGGUGCUUAUAUUUGCUCCCGAGUCUCCUUGGUGGCUUGUCCGCAAGGGUCGCAUGCAGGAAGCCGAGAAGUCCAUGAAACGUCUCACCUCUUCCCCGGAUCCGGACCAUGCCAGAAAGUCCAUUGCUCUCAUGGUUCAAACUACCGAGUUGGAGAAGGUCAUGACCGAGGGUGCGUCAUUUGUCGAUUGCUUCCGUGGCUCCAACGCCUGGCGUACGGAGAUUGGUUGCGUUGUCUGGACAUCUCAAGUAUUGUGCGGCUUUGCCAUCACCUCUUACGCGACCUAUUUCUAUGAGCAAGCUGGUCUGUCUUCCUCAAACGCAUACAAAAUGUCGGUCGGCCAGUCUGGCCUUCACUUCUUGUGUACAUUGCUCUCGGUCUUUGUCACCGGUAACUUCGGUCGUCGUCCUGUGCUUUUCGUCGGGUACAGUGGUAUGUGUAUGUCUAUGCUCCUCAUUGGCAUCAUGUCCUGCGUGAAACAGACCACUGGGCUUGGAUAUGGAGAGUCAGCCAUGUACCUCCUCUGGUACGUCUUCUACGAGUUGACCAUCGGUCCGAUCGCUUUUAUCAUUGUUGGCGAAAUCUCCUCUACUCGUCUCCGCUCAAAGAGUAUCUCUCUUGCCCGUAACGCCUACAACGUUGCCAAUGUGUUCAGCUCGACUGUGGCUCCUUAUACGCUGAACCCAACGGCAGGUGACUGGAAAGGUAAGACCGCGUUCCUGGCGGCCGGAUUCACUAUGUUCAUUAUUGUAUGGGCGUAUUUCCGUCUGCCCGAGUCGCGUGGCCGCACCUACGAGGAACUUGAUAUUUUGUUCUCGAGGGAUCUGAAAGCGUGGGAAUUUGCAGAUGCGGAGAUUGAUGAGGAUGCCUCGGAGAUUAUUGCCAAACAGGGAUGA